CACGUGUUCUUCCGGUGCGUCACUUCCGGUCUCCUGACCGCCGAUUUUUUGAAAAUAACGACUCUUUUUCAGGGAUUAAAUCAUUCCAGUGUUUAUUUUUACCCUUUUCCGUUUGAAACAGACUGACUCACUGUCAUCAUGCUGUCCGUCACUGACCCCAGCAUGAGUGACAAGUUUGCCAGUGCGAUGGAGGAAAUUCAGCAGAAGCACCUAAAGGCGUUUGCAGACAUAACGGACAUGACUGCUGAGUUCUCCCAGUCCCACAAACAGUUUGUGAUCUCCGCUAUCGAUGCUUGUUUAAAGAAAUGCAGGGCUGAUGAGACGAUGUUUGAAACAAUACAGGCAUUCAAAAAAGAACUGGAAUGGAAACAAGUUUCUCUGACGGAGAAACAGCAUGCCAUCUCUGAGGUGGUGUCUGAGAUUCAAGACAAGGAGAUGCAAAAAGAUGACAUCAUGCAAAAGAUUCAGAAACUUAAAGAGGAGCAAACCAAGAGGAGAGAAUUAAUUGUGGCUCAAAAUAAAGCAAACAAAGACAGACUGAAGAAUCUCCAGAAAGCAAGAUAUGUCUUCCAGGAUAGUCUGGGCCUUGAGAUACGAAGUAUUGCUGGGAAAACAGAUCUGAAAGGUGAAAAGUUAUUUCAGUUUGUGUUUCGUAACAUCGACCCGGCCAAUGAAGACAGCCCCUACGUGGUCACAAUGGGAAUGAACGAAAAUCGGCAAUACCAAGUUGUGUCCAGCGACCCCCCGCUCGACUGUUUGCCUGUCUUGGAAAGUCGACUGCAGGAGACCAAUAAUUUGGCGGCAUUCCUGGCGAACAUCAGGAGGGAGUUUAUCUCUCAGGCACGCUGCUAAAGAUUGGAACGAAACAGAGGAUGAAAAAGACGACGUGGUGACGGACCUGCAGCACUGUGGACGAAUCAGAGCAGGGAGUAUUACACUGAACAGAGUGACCGAUCUGUCAACUAUCAGUUUCCAUGUCAAGAUGUUAAAGUGUAAAUAUAUGUAAGACAUAAUAGCAAGAAACUUGACUUAAUGUUAGGAGCGUGCUCACAGAUCUGGCUUCUUUUAAACUCUGCUGUGGAGUUAUCUUUUCCCAAACUCGGUCAGAUGUCACAAAAUCAGUAACCUGUACAACAGUAAACAGUUUUUAUUUUCCUCAUGAUUGCUUUUAGACUCUUAUAUAAAUUCACAUGCAUGUAAUAAAGUUGGUUUAU